AGUUUGAAAGGGUAGCAGCCCAAGUAGCACGGGUAGACAUGAAGAAUGAAGAUUUUAUGCUGGAAGAAGAUGAGGUACAUGAAAGACAGGAGGGCUUUCAAGAGAUAUGGGACAUGUUGAGGAAAAGGGAAGCUUUAUGGAGGCAGAAGUCAAGAAGUAACUGGGUAAAAUUGGGGGAUGCAAAUACUAGGUUCUUCCAUAAAAUUGCAAAUGGACGGAAGGCUUGUAAUGGCAUUGUAGGGCUCUCGUGUGAUGGACAAUGGGUGGAGGAGCCAGAGAUGGUAAAAAAGGUGGCUGUUGAUUACUUUCAAAAGUUUUUUUGUGGAGAAUCAUGGAAUCGUCCAAAACCUUCCGGUAUUACUUUCAAGCAGAUAACUGAGGAGAUGAGGGUAUGGCUAGAAAGACCAUUUUUGGCAAAAGAAAUCGAGGAUGGAUUGAAGAAUUGUGAGGGGAAUAAAGCACCAGGACCGGAUGGAUACAACUUCAAUUUUAUCAAAUUUGCCUGGAAUAGCUUGAAGGAGGAUUUUGUAAGUUUCUUUGGGGAGUUCCAUCAACAUGGCAGGUUUGGUUUUGGAGUGCGAUGGAGAGGAUGGAUAAAAGAGUGUCUUUCAACAGCCAGAAUCUCGGUGUUAGUGAAUGGAAGCCCAACCGAGGAGUUUAUGAUAGUUAAAAAAGCUGAGUCAGAGGGCCUGUUACAUGGAAUUGAUGUGGGUAGCAAGGGAUUGACUAUUUCAUUGCUCCAAUUUGCAGACGAUACGGUGAUUUUGGGAAAAGCAAAUGGAGAGAAUAUUUUUACGAGGUGGUUAAAUGGAGCAUCAUCUGUUUUGAGAUGUGGUGUUGGGGAGUUACCUUUUGUGUAUUUGGGAAUGCCAGUGGGUGGCAAUCCUGGGACUAAGAAGUUGUGGGACCCAGUGUUGAAUAAAUUUCGAACCAAGCUUGCCGUCUGGAAAUCUGCCUUGUUGUCCUUUGGCGGUCGCAUUACUCUGCUUAAUUCGAGGGAUUUUCUGUGGGGUGGGGCUGAAUUAAAGAGGAAGAUUCCUUGGGUUAGCUGGGAGAUGGUAUGUCGUAGUAAGGAGAAGGGUGGGUUAGGAGUCAUGGAUUUGAGGAGGAGGAAUUGGGCACUUUUAGGGAAGUGGUGGUUUAGGUUGGGUGAGGGUGGUGAGAGCUUAUGGAAACGGGUUGUGUGGGAUAAAUAUUAUGGGGGUCGGAGGGAGGUAGACAUCAGGGCAGUGGAGAGUGUGAGGAUGUCUAGGAUUUGGAGGGAUGUUAUUAGUGUCAGGGGGAGCUCUAUCAAAUUACAAGACAUGUUAGGGAAGGGGUUUAGGUGGAUGGUCGGUGAUGGAAGGCAAGUAGGGUUUUGGCAUGAGAUUUGGGUGGGGGAUAUAUCUCUAAAGGAGUUAUGCCCUAGGUUAUGCGAGCUAGCUAUGAAUAAGGAUGGUAUGGUUAGCGAAAUGGGGAUGUGGGAAGGGGGUUUCUGGAGAUGGAAUGUUGGCUGGAGAAGAGGGAGGUUGGGUCGAGAGAAGGGGGAGGAGGCGGUGCUGUGGGAGGUGCUCAGCAGAGUACAAAUCACGGAAGGUCGCGAAGAUUGCUGGACGUGGAGGCAUGAUGCGGAAGGGAGAUACGCGGUGAAGACAGCCUAUGAGUUUCUGUCACCAACGGAGUCCAUCCUUCCUGAUCAAAUUUGUAAUGUCCUGGUGGGGUCUGCAGGUUGUGAUGCCAAAUACAGUGGGAGGGGUGAUGGAGCUUUUCUUGUGGCUGGAAGUGUCUUCUCAUUAGUUGAUUGGAAACUUAAUCCACGGGAAUGUGCUGAUGCCAUGAGGAAGCAUAGAAGCUUGCUGCGAGCGUUCCAUAAGCACAAAGAUGGAAAGCAUGAUGAGUAGUGUGACUGGACUGUGUUGGAUUACAUGUUUAUUGGGAUUACUUUGUUUUAGUUAGAAUUUUGUUUUUGUUUGUAAUUGGGUUGGAGUACCCCUUGUACUCUAUCUAAUUAAAUCUGUUUUAUUUU